AUGGCCACGGAAUUUAGUUCCAUCCCCGUAAUUGAUAUUAGUCCGCUUUUGGCGAAGGUAGAUGAUCCCAAAAUGGUUGAGGACCCUGGUGUACUCGAGGUUGUUAGACAGUUGGACAAGGCUUGUACAGAGGCAGGGUUCUUCUACGUGAAAGGACAUGGUGUUCCUGAGAGUCUCCUCAAAGAAGUCAAAGAUGUAACCCGCAAAUUCUUUGAACUUCCAUAUGAAGAAAAGGCAAAAAUCAAAAUGACUCCGGCUGCUGGAUACAGAGGUUAUGAAAGAAUUGGAGAAAAUAUAACCAAAGGUGUACCUGACAUGCAUGAAGCUAUUGAUUGCUAUCGAGAAGUGACCAAGGGCAUGUAUGGAGAUCUUGGCAAAGUUAUGGAAGGAAGCAACCAGUGGCCACAAAAUCCUCCGACAUUCAAAGUUCUUAUGGAGGAGUAUAUUAGUCUCUGCACAGACCUUGCAAGGAAAAUUAUGCGCGGAAUUGCUUUAGCAUUAGGUGGAUCACCGAAUGAAUUUGAAGGUCAAAGAGCUGGGGAUCCGUUUUGGGUAAUGCGGAUCAUUGGAUACCCAGGUGUAUCAUCUGUAAAUGGAAAACACGCCCUUCAAAAUGACAUUGGAUGUGGAGCACACACCGAUUACGGUUUGUUAACAUUGCUUAACCAAGAUGACGAUAUAAACGCACUUCAGGUGAGAAACCUAUCUGGCGAAUGGAUAUCAGCACCUCCAGUUCCUGGGUCAAUUGUAUGUAACAUUGGUGACAUGCUAAAGAUAUACUCCAACGGGUUGUACGAGUCAACUUUGCAUCGGGUGAUAAACAACAAUUCAAAAUACAGAGUCAGCGUAGUAUACUUUUACGAGACAAACUUCGAUACUGUGGUAGAGCCGUUGGACACACAUAAAACGAGGGCAAAUGGCAACAGGAAGUUCGAAAGACCAGUCUAUGGAGAGCAUUUAGUCAGCAAGGUCCUCACAAAUUUUGUUCUUGAGUAA